AUGGCUUCCACACCCACGAUUUUUCAUCUCUUCGUGUUGUUCGCUGCUUUGGGUCAGGCAACUGCUUCAUUUAACCUCAAUACUUCUGGUCCUAGUUGGGAUUAUACAACCAAGGACUUAGCAGACACGACGUCACAGGCUUGCAAAAACGCCUACAGUGCCAGUAUCAACUGCGAUGAUACCCUCCUCAAGAUCGUUGCGUCUAUGGAUCCUGACUUCGACCCGCAAUCUUCGGACCUACAGACUAUGUGCACUACUACAUGCAGCAAUUCAUUGUCCCAAUAUGUCAAGAACGUCAAGGCUGCAUGCGACAAAAGUGGCGAUCUAGCCGGGGUUGCUAGUGGGAACAAGGAGGUUUAUCAGGCUGCGGUGGCCACUGUGGGCGAAGUUUUCCAGUACAAAUAUGGCCAAUCUUGUGCCAAGAGCGGGUCUGAUUACUGCUACUUGACUUAUUCCAACAGCGAGGAUUGGGCCAGAACCGACUUCCCUUGCAGCGAUGAAUGUGCCGUCAAGUUUUACCAAAACGCUCACGAGCAACCUGGCUCCGCAUAUUUCUUUGACUACUUUGCUCUUGGUAAUCAAUCCUCAUACUGGGAGGAUACCUUUGCUGGUGGUUGGGAAACUGUGGUCCAAUGCGGUGAUGGUGAAAACAGUGUAGGCUCUGUCAGCACGAGCGCAAGUUCGACAAAGACCGAUACCGUUGACAUUUCAUCAUCGACCAGCUCAGUUGGCACUAAAGAAGAUAUUUCGACAACCUCAAUAUCGAUUGCAACGACGACGACCACUGCGCCGGUUCAGACUUCGAUUACAGCCACCAGUGGCGCUUCUCGGCUCAGAGUCUCCUUGUUUCUUAACUUUUGGACAUAA